CGGCACGGACGUGUCGCAGCAGCAACACCAGCUGGAGCAGCAGCAUCGGGGAGCAGCAGCAUUAGUUCCUGAACUGGCCAACGGCCCAACAACCAGCAGCAACAGAUCAUACUGCCAAUUCUACAGAUUAUUUUUUUUUGUAUUUUUUUUGCAUUUUUUUUUCAUAUUUUUUUUGUUGGUUUGCUGGAGGGCCUGCGAAGUAACCAAAGUCAACCAAAGUGCGCAUACAAUUUGAGUGUAGCUGCCAUAAGUGCAGAGUACCGAACUUGUUAGUGGUUAAAAAAAAAAAGAAACUAAAAAAGAUACAGAGUGUCGAACAGUGAGUGAGUUCAAAUUCAGUUUCAGUUUCAGUCCGAGGGGAACGGGAACGGGGAUUAAAAGGCGCAAAAAACUUUUUGGCGCACUAAAGUAGGCAACAGCAGCGCCAACUUUCUGGAUCCCCCUCGUCCAGCACCAUCCAUCUCAGCGCCCACCGAGACACUGCCAAUUAAAGCUGCCACAGCUGCAACGCACAGUCACUGCCAAGAAACUAAGACUCCAGCCAGCAGCGAACAAGUUGCCCAAGAACGACUGCCACUGCCACUGCCAUCAGAAGCAACAACAAUAGACCACCACCAACAACGAGGGCAAUAACAGCUGCAACAACAACGUGUUGCUGCCGCAGAACGCAGCAGCCGCAACGAGAGCGUCAUCUCUGCCCUUCGCACGCCUCUGCGGGUGCCCCAACUGAAGAUGCAGCUAGCCAGGACUGCCAAGAUCGCAACCAAUUCUGCCCGGGCAUGUCACCGGCAACGUUUCUAUGAGCCCAAUGCCGAAGUACGCUGGCAGCACUCCGAGCACUAACCCGGCUGAGUGUAGCCACUAGCACCGCGCGUCCGAACAGCAGAGGCUUCAUCGGAGGAACUAUGAUAACGAGACUCUAUAACACCGAAGAGGAUCCCGCCUACUGCUCGUUCAUCUGGGGGUCCAAUCUGACCAGCAGCGCCGAGGUCCUGGCGGCCAAUGCCACGUCCGUCUUUGGCAGCGACCUGCGGGACGACUUCUAUCGGGAUGUGGAGGAUCCGCGGACCGAAUCGCUGAGGGAGUACUGCUACGGGCUGGUGCUGCCCAUCAUCUGCGCCAUGGGCAUCAUAGGCAACGUGCUCAACCUGAUUGUGCUCACCAGGCGCAACAUGCGUGGCACCGCCUACAUCUACAUGAGGGCCUACUCCACCGCCGCCCUGUUGGCCAUCGUGUUCGCCAUCCCCUUCGGCAUCCGCAUGCUGGUGCACAAGGAUCGGGGCCAGUGGGAGGAGUUUGGGCCCGCCUUCUACACCGCCCACUUGGAGCUUUAUUUGGGCAACGGCUGUUUGGGCGUCGGCGUAAUGAUGUUACUAGUGCUGACCAUCGAGCGUUACGUGUCCGUGUGCCACCCCGGAUUCGCUAGACCGGUGAUGGGACCACCAGGCGUUGUGGUCUUCCUCACCUGCUUGGCCACGGUGAUCGUCUACCUACCGAGCAUUUUCCGCGGCGAGCUGAUCAAGUGCAUCUUCGGCUCGAGCGACGUCUAUGUGUACUUGCGGCGCGACAAUACGAUCUACCAGCAGACCAUCUUCUACCGCGUCUACAAGAUCAUGCUGGAGGUGAUCUUCAAGCUGGUGCCCACUCUAGUGAUCGGGGGCCUCAACAUGCGCAUCAUGAUGGUCUAUCGGCGCACCUGCGAGCGCCGCAGGCAGAUGGUCCUGAGCCGCCCCCACGCCCACGGAUAUUUAAAGGACGACGAUCCCCGCAAGUUCGCCGAGGAGCGGCGAUUGUUCCUGCUGCUCGGCAGCACCUCGAUCUUGUUCCUCGUCUGCGUCUCGCCCAUGGCCAUUCUCCACAUGACGAUCGCCUCGGAGGUCUACCCGAGCUUCCCCUUCCAGGUGUUCCGGGCCAGCGCCAAUCUGCUGGAGCUGAUCAACUACUCGCUGACCUUCUACAUCUACUGCUUGUUCAGCGAGGACUUCCGCAACACCCUGGUGCGGACCAUCAAGUGGCCCUGGCUCAAGGGCAAGUUCUGCCACCAGGCCGAGCACGAGGUGAGUGGCAGUCCACCGGCAACCGCCGGGACUGUAGCCGUAGCCGGAAUCGGAAUCGGAGCAGGAACCGGAACCGGAAACGGACCGGGAACCUCAUCCCGAUCUAAAUGUAAUUUUCAUCCGGCAAUACCGGCGCUGACUCUCACCCCCGCAGAACCCGAGGACCACCCCCGGCUUGCCAAUGGCGUGCUUCACUAAGGUGGACAAGGGCCAUCAGAAGCACCACAUUACCACCACCUCGGGCCUGGGACGAUCGAGUAGCAUUUAGCCAACGCCCAACACCCGACAACACUACCACCACCACUACUACCCAUCCGCUACUCGAGACCCUACUUCCGAACUCCGAGAACCCUUCCAGUCCAGAGUAACCCCACCACCAUCCACUAACAUCACUCCCCCCAGGUCGCCGAGGUGUGAGUCCCAUUUUUCUGCUCUUGCUUGAGAUCCUGCGACACUCGAUGUGUUUAGAUUGCGAUAAGCGAUAAACGAUAAACGAUUAGCGAAAAACGAAAACAAAAAAAUCCAUAAAAGAUAUUCAGCGCCACGCAUUGCGUAUAUAAGUGUCUGUGUAUGUGUGUGUUCCUUAAACAUAUUAAUAACUAUACAAGAAUACAUUUUUUUUGGUAGCACUAGGAUUAGGGAUAAACAAAACUUAAUCGAAAAAUCAUCAAUAAUCGGAAGAAAACGUAAGCGAUAGCAGGAGUUCAGCCAACGAUAGGUAAAAUCAGUUCGAUUACUGGAACGCUGGCCAAUUGAGCCGAGGAGAACCAAGAUAUAGCUUGAAGGAAUUGUAUGUCGCAGGAUCAGGAUCCUUAAAUAGACUUAGAGAUGCAGAUAUGAAGUUAUCGUAAAUGGAAAGCUUGCCAUCUGAAGAUGAAGGAGCUCGUAUACUUUAGUCUUAGAAAAAUUUCACAGACAUAACAGAACAGCUACAGAACAUCAACAGACAAACAUAUAGACAGACAAGACGAAAACACAAAGAGAGAAAGCGAGACGUCGAUGAUAUACUGACAUACAAUACUUAUAUAUACACUUGCAUAUAUCUAUAUGUGAAUGAUAUUUAUGUAAACGACGUAUUUAUGUAUACACGCGUAACUUUAAGCGAAUAUAUUUAUAUAUGCAUAUAUGUAUCUAUUGAUUAUAGCAUUUAAGUGUGCGCAAGAGGAACCCUGAUUCCAACCCGGCCCCAGAUUCAGAUCCAGAUCGAGAUUCUGAUCGAGAUCUAGAUCCAUCUGGCAUCCUGAUGAGCCCUUUCGUCUGACGAAACUGUAUUGAGUUAUUGCGUGAUUGAGAUUGAAUUGUUAAGUUAAUUAGUUGUAGUCGCACUACUUAUAGUUCUACUUUUAAUUCUAGUUAUAAUUCGAGGACUAAGUUAUCUAGUUGUUUAGAGCAAUCGACGCGAUCUGAGAUUCCCCCGACCUUGGUUGUCAGUCUGAAAGGGAAGUCCUGACCUCUGACCCCUUGCAGCACGCGAAGCUAUCUUAACUAAAUGUGUGUACCUAGUAUUAAAACAAAGCAAAGCAACCGAAACAGAUCAGUGAUGUCUAUUUACCCGCGCAACGAGAAGAGUCAGUAGUGCUUCGCAACCCAACGGCCAAGCUAUGGAUUGCAUUGCAUUAAACCUUUAAAUAUCUAAAUGUAUAUCUUACUAAAGAUGAAUUAGGAGAAGCGAUAUUCCCGGCAGUAUGGUUAUAACGAGUAGCGGUGUAGGUGGACUUUUCAAAAUUCGAGAGGAGUUUCAAGAGAGCAAGUAGCUUAUAUUGGCAGCGACUUUAGUGAAUAUUAAGCAGGACAAAUUCUAAAAGCAUAUCGGAGCGAUAUAUAUUGGAUAAUGUUACGUGUUGAGAUCCUCCUCGAAAAAUUCAACGCAAUUUUAAGAAAUUCCUUAUGAUAUAGAUUACGGUUUCAUGAUUUAUAAAAAAUGUUAAGAUCUUUUGCUGUUUUCAAGUAUUUUGGUCACUUCUUCGGGAAAUGUUAUACAAAAUUUUAAAGUUGUUUUGAAAUAGAUAUGUUAAAGAAAACAAGAAAGGAAGUUAAUUUCGGCAAGCCGAAGUUUGUAUACCCUUGCAGUUAUAAAAAAUAAUCAAUGUUAGUAACACCAUGUUAAAUUUUAAAGGAUUGUUGCUAGCUUCACU